CCCCCACCCCGCCGUUCCGUCCCUCGGCCGCCCUCAACGUCACGGAAGGCCCGGAGCCGGGAAAGCGCCAGGCGUGUGCCACGCCGCAGCCCCGGUCCGGACCCUGGAACGCCCGCCUGCAGGCGCCUACCUUGGCCGGCAAGGUAGGUUUGUAUGGGUAUGUACAGUGGUGGCUGUAUGUAGGAGGGGGAAACAGGCUGUUAGGCGUUGCGCAGGAAGGGGGGGCUUGGUGGGUGGCGCCAUCGUCGCGAGAGCCCUGGCGCUUUGCAUCGAGGUUUAUUGGUGCCGAGGAAGAAGAGACGACGGCGUUUUCAGCUCGUGGAAAAAUAGUCGCCCGUCCGUGGAACGCUUUUCAAGAUGGGGGUGAGAGCUGCUGCGCGGGUUUCUGUCUGUCUGUUUGAUUGGAAAUCGCAUUGCUUGCGCAAUUGGGGCCCGGCGCCUCGGCCAGCGCGAUGAGGGUGGCGGUUGAACCCGCCGUCGAGUAUAAAACAUCCGUGUAAGCCGUCGUGGAGCUUCAUACACGCAGCAUCAACACGAAUAUCCGUCGUCAAAAAGCCCCUUGGGUUAUACGACAUAGCCAUCGAUCAAGCUCCUAGCCUGCACUCACUCGUUCCUCGCCUCUCACAACCUCUCCCCCAGCUACUCGACUCACCCACCACCUCCCGUCCAAGCUCCUCCAUCCAUCAUCAAAACCAUGGCUGGCGACCUGGUGCUCAUCACGGGCGCGACGGGCCACAUCGGCUUCCACGUGCUGGUGCGGGCCCUCGAGGCCGGCUACAGCGUCCGCGCGGCCGUGCGCUCGCAGGCCAAGGCCGACUCGCUGCGCGCCGUGCCCGCGCUGCAGGCGGCCCUAGGCGGCCGCUCAGACUCGGAUCCGGACCGGCAGCUCUCCUUCGUCGUCGUCCCGGACCUCAUGGCGCCGGGCGCCUACGACGAGGCCCUCGCCGGCGGCGACGUCCGCUACGUCGUCCACAUCGCGUCGCCGCUCGCCCGCGACGACAUCGGCCCGGCCCAGUACGAGAGCGACCUCAUCGAGCCCGCCGUCAAGGGCACGCUGGGGAUGCUCGAGGCGGCCAAGCGCGCGGGCGGCGGCGUGCGGCGCGUCGUCAUCACCUCGUCCAUCGCCGCCCUCAUGCCCUCCGGGACGGCCAACCGCUCCUCCACCGACGUGUACACGGCCGACUCGCGCUUCGAGGCGCCCGCCGUCGGCGAGCUGGAGAACGCGCUGCAGGCCUACGGCGCGUCCAAGCUCUCAGCCUUCAACGAGACCGAGGCGUGGCUGCGCCGCGAGAAGCCCGCCUUUGACGUCGUCAACGUGCAUCCCAGCUUCGUCAUGGGCCCCGAGGAGGUCCACCCCACGCCCGAGAGCCUGCUCGCCGGCGGCACGAAUCGCAUCAUCCUCGGCAUCGCCCUGGGCGUCAAGUCGCCGGGGCCCUUCUCCAACAUGACGGUCCACGUCGACGAUGUGGCGCUCGUGCACGUCGAGGCACUGAACCUCGCCAUCCCGGGCAACACGAGCUACAUCCUCUCGUCCAACAACCCACCCGGCACGCUCAACGGCUCAGAUUACGCCGAGAUCCCCAAGAUUGUGGCCAAGCACUUCCCCGAGGCCGUUGCGUCGGGCCUCCUCCCCAACAACGGCAGCCUGCUCUCGGUGCCCGUCAAGGUCGAUGCCAGCAAGACGGAGAAGACGUUUGGCUUCGUUCACACGUCGUUCGAGAAGCAGGUCAAAGACGUUGUUGGUCAGUACCUGGAUCUCGUGCAGAAGAAAUAGGCGCGCUUCACUGCAGUGGCCCUGCGGAGGAAAUGGAACCCCAAUUGUCUGGCCGUACAAGUCAUCUAUUGUAAUUAAAAGCUGCUACCAACCAAUCUUGUUAAUACACAUGGCCCUCUAUCCUGAAAUGACCA